UGACCUCGCCCUCGGAGGGGAAACCCAUCCAUUCCCCCCCAAUCCCUCGCGCCGCUCCCCUUCCCCCACUCACCAAUGGCCGCCGCCGCCGCCGCCGCGUCAACGUCGCGCCUCCUCCUCCUCCGCCACCACCACCACGCCGCCGCCGACGGGUCGAAGCAGCAGCAGCAGCUCAGGUAUUCCUCCAAGCCGUCUUCUCUCGCUCUGCCCCGGCUGCGCCUUUUGCCGGCGGCCGGGGCGCUGCUGCCCGACCGGGUCACCCCGUUCUCCUACGAGGAGGACGACGAGUCCGACGACCACCCGCGCGAGGAGUGCGGGCUGGUCGGGGUCGUGGGGGACCCCGACGCGUCGUCGCUCUGCUACCUCGGGCUGCAGAAGCUGCAGCACCGCGGGGAGGAGGGUGCCGGGAUUGUCGCCGUCGGGGGUGACGGGAAGCUCAAGUCGGUCACCGGGCUCGGCCUCGUCGCCGACGUGUUCGGUGACCCCGCACGGCUGGCAUCGCUCCCCGGGCCAGCCGCCAUCGGGCACGUGAGGUACUCCACCGCCGGCGCCGCCGCGUCGCUGCGGAACGUGCAGCCGUUCCUGGCCGGGUACAGGUUCGGGCAGGUCGCCGUCGCGCACAACGGCAACCUCGUCAACUACCAGGCGCUGCGGAACAAGCUGGAGGCGAGGGGCUCCAUCUUCAACACCUCGUCGGACACGGAGGUCAUCCUCCACCUCAUCGCGACGUCGCUGUCGCGGCCACUGCUGUCCCGCAUCUGCGACGCGUGCGAGCGCCUCGCGGGGGCCUACUCGCUGCUGUUCCUGACGGCCGAUAAGAUGUUCGCCGUGCGCGACCCGCACGGGUUCCGCCCGCUGGUGCUCGGCCGCCGCCGCAACGGCACCGUCGCGUUCGCGUCGGAGACUUGCGCGCUGGACCUCAUCGAGGCGACCUACGAGCGCGAGGUGGAGCCCGGGGAGGUGGUCGUCGUCGACCGCCGCGACAUGUCCGUCUCCUCAGCGUGCCUCGUCCCGCACCGCCCCCGCCGCUCCUGCGUCUUCGAGCACAUCUACUUCGCCCUCCCAAACUCCGUCGUCUUCUCGCACGCCGUCCACGAGCGCCGCACCGCCUUCGGCCGCGCGCUCGCGGAGGAGUCCCCCGCCGCGGGCGCCGACGUGGUCAUCCCGGUUCCCGACUCGGGGUUCUACGCCGCGCUCGGGUUCGCGCGCGCGUCGGGGCUGGAGUUCCAGCAGGGCCUCAUCCGGUGGCACUACAGCGGCCGCAGCUUCAUCCAGCCGACGCAGGCGAUCCGCGACCUCGCCGUGAAGCUCAAGCUGGCACCGGUCCACGGCGUGAUCCGCGGGAAGAGCGUGGUGGUGGUGGACGACUCCCUGGUGCGCGGCACCACCUCGAGCAAGAUCGUGCGGCUGCUCCGCGACGCCGGCGCGCGCGAGGUGCACAUGCGGAUCGCGAGCCCGCCGGUGGUGGGCUCGUGCCUGUACGGCAUCGACACGCCCAGCGAGGGGGAGCUCAUCUCCAACCGGAUGGAUCUCGAGGGCGUCCGCCGCGAGAUCGGCAGCGACUCGCUCGCCUUCCUCUCGCUCGGCAAGCUCCACAGCAUCUACGGCGCCGAGGCGGAGGGCUACUGCGACGCCUGCUUCUCGCGCAACUACCCCGUGCUGCCCACGCUGCCCGAGCCGGUCGUAGAGCUCGAGGAGUGAACUGGUCACACUGGUGAGUGAGUGAGUGAUCGAGUAGGUCAGCUCUGCUCUGCUAUGCUCUACGGCUUCUCUGCAUCCGUCGUAAUGUUAGGCAAUGGAUCAGAAUUUGUAUGGACAUGGAAUUUUGGUGCUACUACUACUUCAGUAUAUUUGAUCAGGGCAAUUUUUAUCCGGUGUUGAAUUACUAUUUCGAGAGGGGAUAAAGGGAUAAAGCUCCAGUGUCUGUUUGAGGGAUCCGGCUCCUCUGCCUUUGUAGGCAUCAGAGGAUCCAAAUCCCUGUUUGAGUGUAUGUUUAGCUCCAGUGCUUUACACGUUUUAUGCUGUGGUGGCUUGAGAGUCGAGAACAUCAGAUGCUUGUGUGCCUUGAGCUACUGGCAGUUAUUAUCCCAUCAA